AGACUAUGCACCUCAUAAAACGGAUCUGCUUCCGCAUGGGUGGUGCUGGUACCGACGUAUGCCGAAAACUUGUGAGUGCUUUGCUGACAUCCCGAGCGAUAUACGGAGCACGCUGUUAUGACCUGCUUGCUCGGCACUGGACACAGCUAGAGGUACUCCACAGAGCAGCUCUCCGCAUCAUCACAGGGCUCCCAAAGCACACACGUGUCGAGGAGCUGCAUCGAUAUGCGAAGUUGCCUACCCUCCGCGCAACCAUCGAAGCAUCGAAGGCAGGCCACGAGGAGCGCCUGAAGCACACCAGACAAGGCAGGGCACUACUGGCCUACAUGGGAAAGGACAUACCACCUUGGGAUGACAUUGCGGUUGUCGACACUACACCAACGCCUCGAAAUAUGGGCGCACAACAUGCGCACCGUCGGGCAGCAUUUGCUGUGCGUCAUGCGCAGAGUCUGGCAGACGCUCCACCAAGCCAAGAACAAGUGUACACUGAUGCAGCUUUCGACCCACGCACCAGUGAGGGAGCAGUCGCCUACCACGUAGUCGGUUCUUGUGCGACUCAUUCUACGUUCAUAACUGCUGAUGCCGACGACCCAACGGAACUUGAACUCCGGGCGAUAGGCUGGGCAGUAGACCAGGUCUCAAGCAACACGCAUGCAAAACACAUGAAUAUAUACACAGACUCCCAAUAUGCGCUGCAUGCUUGCAAGUCUCGCCACACAGCCUCAUCAGAAGUUCUUCUGGUCAAGCAGGCCUUCAGGCGUGCAGAGGUCCGCGGGGUCACUGCAACACUUCAUUAUAUCCCUGGUCACCAGGGCAUCGAGGGAAAUGAGAGAGCUCAUGAGGAUUAA